CAUUCAAGUCCUCUCUAGUUUUUCCUUGUAUGAAUCGAGGAUAUACAAGGUCUCAUUUGCGCUUGAAAUCCCGGCAAUUUUUAUUGUAAAAUCAUGCAGUAGAAGGAAAAUAAAAAACAAAUAUUUUGACAAAUGCAAAUGGCGGAAAUGGGAAAUGAAGCUGUAAAUAUGGAAAUAUUUCAGCAUUUCUAUGGGGAAACUGACAACUGGGAUUAGUUAAAAGGCACCAGAACAACAGACGAGAAAAGAAACAAAAUUGACACACAAUGUGGAUGACAUGGCCUUCAAGAAUUUGCUGAAAAGUGAAUGCUCAUCAGAAAAUAUGUUAUCUCUUAGUAGUCCUUCAGGGGAAGCAAAUCAUUCUGAACAUCAGUUUAACAGAUUUAGAAAGUAUAUCAACGAUUCCCCUGAGCCUUACAGACAAGAUUUACAGCUUAUUUUACUUCCUGUUUUUGUGCAGCUUUAUUUAGAGCUAUUGUUUAAUAAUCAUAAAGUUCAAGCAAACAAGUUCUACAGUAGGCAUACCAAGCUUUUUGAUCAUAAUGUGAAAAAUAAAGCAACUGUAGAGCAGAUCUAUAAACUUAGUACCAGGGCUGAUAUGUUAUCUUGUAAAGAAGUUACAGACUGGAGGGACAACAAAUACCAAAUCAAAAUGAGUGAAGAAGCUCUAGACUAUAUAAGAAGAUACAUUAAGCAAGAAGAGAACACUAUGAUUGUACAAGUGUUUAACAAAUAUGUUAAGGUAGAAGUUAUUGCUGAACCUGAAUGUAAAAAUCAACAAUUGGAGUUAAAAGACAAUAAACUAAUUACAAAUGGCGAAAAGUUAGAAGAUCAACAGUCCUCAUCGGAAUCUAUGAAAUUGUUAAAACAAGCCAUUAAAAGUGUACGGGAAGGACAACCAUCUAUGUCAUCUAUAUGUUUUUAUACAUAUAUAAACGCAUAUCAAGGAUUGUGCAGUGUAGAUAUAUCAUCUGACCAGGGUAUGAUUAGUGCUGGAUUUGAGGACUCUUCUAUCAAAAUAUGGAGAGUAUCCCCUGGCUCUCUACAAACCAAAGAAACAGAUACGGAUCCUUCCAAACUAUUCCUGGCAGCUGAUUACUGGAAUGUAGAAUCAGAGGAAAGCUCACCAAAGUAUGAAGAAAGUGUAACUUUAAAGGCACACAAUGGUGCAGUGUAUAAAACCUGUUUCUUUAAUCAGCUACCAUAUUUGUUAUCUGGAUCUGAAGAUGGGUCAGUCAGACUAUGGGACUUAGAUGGUUUUACUAACAAAGUGUGUUACAAAGGCCAUAAUUAUCCAGUAUGGGAUAUCGACAUCAGCAAUAGUAAUGACUACUUUACAAGUUGUUCCCAAGAUAGAACAGCUAAGCUGUGGACAACAGACAGAAUAUACCCUCUAAGGUCAUUUGUAGGUCAUACAGCAGACAUAGAUUGUGUCAAGUUCCAUCCAAAUAGCAACUACAUAGCAACUGGUUCUAGUGAUAGAACUGUACGUCUCUGGAGUUUACAGGACGGGAAGAGUGUUAGACUAAUGCAGGGGCAUAGAGGAACCGUUCUGGCAUUAGCAUUCUCACAAAAUGGACAGUACUUAGCAUCAGCAGGAGAUGACAGAAGAAUCCGUGUAUGGGACUUGAACACAGGGACUUUGUUUAAAGAGCUUAGAGGUCAUACAGAAACAGUACAUGUUUUGUCCUUUAACAAAGACAGUACACUACUAGCUUCAGGUGGAAUAGAUUGCUGUAUCAAGGCGUGGGAUGUCAGGAAAGGUGUCAACAAUAACAACACUGUUGUGGAUGGACAUACAAGUGCAGAAAUGAUAGGAAGUUACCAGACUAAAUCUGCAACAGUCAUAUGGUUAAAUUAUACCAAGCAUAAUGUUCUACAGGCUGCAGGGACUGUAUAACAUAGCUGAUAUCUAACAUGAUAGGUUUGACUAGGAGUCACAGGUGCUGUAUAACAUCCAUGUCACUUCAGACACUGCUAAAAGUCUACAGCCAUGGGUGUAUAACAUCAGUGAAACACCUGACAUGACAGAUGUAAUGUCCUGCAAGAAGCAAGAGCUGUAUAACAUUCAUUAAGAUACCAAACAUGGCAGGUAUUGCUAGUGGUGGCAAGGUGUAUGAGUUCAUUCAGAAUAAACAGUUCAACAGAAAGGAGGGCCAUGUAAUAUCUGUAACACACCUACAGUGACAGGCAUUCUUAGGAGUUGAGAUUCAAAAGAAACAGUGACAAAGGAAGCAUAUGGUGAAUAUGUAUCAUAACAGCCAAAGGAGGCAUAUUUUUGGUCAAUGGAGAAUUGAAAUUGAACUAUUAUUCAAAUAUGUAAAUUACUGUUUAACAUGGUUUGAUACACAAAAAGUUGUCAUAGGGCAAAUAAGAUGUGAAAAGGGACCUAUAAGAUAAGAAUACAAAAGCAUUAGUAAACUUAAAAAAUAUAAAAUUCAUACUUUGAAAACUAUGAACCUUACAAAAUUCCUGCAUUAAGUCUUACUGCAGCAUUAAAGUGGUAGAUAUUAAAAGGAGUAUGUUCAACAUGGCCCAAUUUCCAGUGUGAAUUCAUAUUUAGUUUUAUGCAGAAUGUGCAAUAGUGAACAUACCUUUUUUAUUUUUAAAUUUAGUGAAUAAUAAACUGUCUAUUGAAGGGAGAUUAUUCCAAAAAAAAAUUACCUCAUAAUUUCCAAUUGUGUGAGAAAAAAUAUGAUGAGUAACUAUUCCAAAUAUUUUGAUACAGAACAGAUUGAAUUUCAAAGAUAUGUAUUUACCCAUUUGAUUUCUGACAUUUUUAAAAGUCAAAAUUUUAUUUUUACCUUAUCUUUAAAUAUUUCUUAAACUUUCUUAUUCUAAAAGUACCAUAAACAUCUGAUAUAAUACAUACUUCAUACACAUGAAGAAAAAGGAAUAACUGUUUUGAUUCAUUUAAUAUCUUAAUGUUUUCAAUGAAUACUUAUCUUAGAGUAGAUAUCUGUUAUCUUGCCAUUAGUAUGUCCUCGGUCAAUAUAAACUGACUGUCAUUAUUUAGUCAAAAGUGCUGAAAAUGGUUUAAACACCAAUCAAUCAAUUUGUCAUUAUUUGUUUAAUUUUGUAUCAAUAUUUGUAUGAGCAAUACAAAAAGAUAAGCAUAAAGAUCAUUCAUCUAAAUUCAUAUUGCAAAGUAUAUAUGUUGAUAACUUGAUAUUGCAAAGUAUAUGUUAAUUUUUAAAAGCAAUGCAAAGAUUUCAGGCAGCUAUGAGAUUGUUAUUUAUUUGUUACCAGUUGUUAU